UUGUUAUAUUUUCCUUGUAACAAUUUUUAUUAUUAUAUAAUCUACCACUCUUAUUUGUUAGAUGUACAAACCGCUCUUACUACUACUUUGUUGUUGUCAACGACUGCUUGAGGCUUCCUCCAAAGUGAAUUAUGGAUCAUCAAGAUCAGGAAAUUGCUAUCAAUAGAUGGUUUGAUUUGCGCCGAAGAGCUAUAGCUCAGCUUAUGUGUGCUAUCAAUAGAUGGUUUGAUUUGGAGAGCUUUAAUGCUCCUGAUUAUGACUUUACUUUACCUGAAACACAAUCAUAUGAUCCUUCAACCAUGGCAAGUGGUGGAAAAAGGAAGAGAUUGAAAGUGGCUAAGAAUAAAGAGACAUACAAUGAUAUUAUUGAACUUAAAGAGUCAAUGAAAGUGGUUGCAGAGGCACUCAGAGAAGGAAAUGCUGCAAUACGGGAAGGAAAUGAAAUAACGAGAGAACGUCAUAAACACGAGUUGCCUCCAAUUUCAGGAGAAGAGACUUGGAAUUUAUUAGAGGAGUGUGGAUGUGACCCAAAUUCAUUGCCUAAGAUAUAUCGUGUUGUCAUGAAAGAUGUAGACAUACUUAGAAUGAUUAUUCAGUGUCCACCCAAAGCACGCAAAACAGUCAUAAUGGAAACUGUCUUUGGUUCUUCUGAUUAAUCAUACUAUGAUGGUGUUAUGAUGUUUAUGAGUUUUUUU